AUGACACCUUAUGAAGCCUUGUAUGGUAGGAGAUGUAGGACCCUUUUGUGUUGGUGCAAUCCUGAUGAUAAUGUUAUCUUAGGACCUGAGAUUGUGCAACAAACCAAUGAUAAGGUUAGAUUGAUACAAGAGAGGAUGAAGACAGCUCAGAGUAGACAUAAAAGUUAUGCUGACUGGAGGAGAAAGGACUUGGAAUUUCAAGAAGGUGACCAUGUGUUCUUGAAAGUCACUCCGUGGACUGGGGUUGGCAGGGCGUUGAAAUCCAGAAAACUUACUCCUCGAUUUAUUGAAAUACAUCAUGAUCCUUUGCAUGUGAUUGAGUCAGAUCAUCUUGAGGUUAAGGAGAACCUAACUGUGGAAGCUACCCCGGUGAGAGUCGAGGAUCGAAUGGUGAAGCAACUUAGGGGUAAGGAAAUUCCUUUGGUGAAAGUUAUUUGGGGAGGAGCUACACCUGAAAGUGCUACUUAG